AUGGAGGAAGUAGCUGUUUCGCCCAUGGUCGCUGCCGCCCUAGUGCUCGACAACAAUGGCGCCGACGACGCGGUCUCCAGCACUGCCAUCCCUAGCGUAACUGUAAGCGUAGAGGAGAAAGAAGAGAUCAAUGGGGACUUUUCCACGAUCACCUCGGCUGCAAACAACAACGACGGGGAGUUGUUCACCACUCCCGUCUCCUCCAGGAGCCCUUCCACUCGCAAGAAGCGCGGCGCGUUCGGCCUCUUCAGGGCGAUGUUCCUGUCCUUCGGCCGGAGCGACAGCAUGAAGAAGACAGACGACGUCGGCGACACCACGAGCCCCAAUAAGAAGAGGGCCAUCGCGGCUGCUGCCCACGACCACAAGCCCGCCGGUGACGAGCCGCCAUCGUGGAAACACAUCGUGGACGGCAUGCGCCCGCUCCGCCUCCGCGGGCAGGAGCUGGAGUACUACCCUCCGCCGCCGCCGCUGGGCCACGCCGAAGUGUACCACGACGUGAUCCUCCCGCCGCCGUCGCCGGCGCGGUCCGGCUUCGACUUCGAGGAGGUGGGCAUGACCAGCCGCUACGCGUCUGCUGAGGAUCUGCACCAGAUGGACAGCGCCGACGAAGAGGGUGUUCUGGCGGCGGAGGGUGGCGACGGCGAUGGUGACAGCAGUUGCCCACACGCCAUCGACAUGCAGGCGGAGUUGUUCAUCGCCAAGUUCUACGAGCAAUUCAAGUCAGAAUCGUUCAACGGCCAUCCCUCCGAGUGA